UCAAAUGACACUGUUUGUCUGUUGACGUACAGAUGAUCAAUGAUUCAAAGGUCAGUACGAUGACUGUGCGUUCUGCUGGACACUGACCUGAGUUCUACAAAGAACGACUCGGCUAAACACACCGCUGUUAACCUGCUCAGUGUCACCAGAAUGAGAGCUGCUGAUUGGUUGUUAGCUGUGGCGCUCUUGCCACUUGCCUCCCUCGCCUUCAAUCAGGAUAUCUGCAACGCCAAGCCCAAAGACCUGGCUCUGGAGCCGCGCUGCAUCUUUCGCAGCCCUGAGUCCGAUGACCUCGACACCGAGGCUUCCACCACACGAGGCGAGCCGGUUCCAGAGUCCACCAACCCCCGGGUCUGGGAGCUGUCGAAGGCCAACAGUCGCUUCGCCCUGUCACUUUACAAACAGCUGGUUGUCAGUAAGACAGCGGAGUCCAACAUCUUCAUGUCCCCCAUCAGUGUCUCCACUGCCUUCGCCAUGACCAAACUUGGAGCUUGCAACGAGACGUUGCGGCAGAUUAUGGAGGUCUUUCAGUUUGACACCAUCAAAGAAAAGACGUCGGACCAGGUUCACUUCUUCUUCGCCAAACUCAACUGUCGUCUGUACAGGAAGAAGGGCGCCACCAGCGAGCUGGUCUCCGCCAACAGGCUCUUCGGAGACAAGUCCCUGGUCUUCAACGAGACCUAUCAGAACAUCAGCGAGACGGUGUACGGAGCCAAACUGCUUCCUCUGAAUUUCAAGGUGGACCCCAACAAGGCCCGGACCACCAUCAACAACUGGAUCGCCAAUAAGACUGAGAACCGAAUCCAGGACACGCUGCCAGAAGGAGCUCUGGACUCCACCACUGUUCUGGUCCUGGUCAACACCAUCUACUUCAAGGGUCAGUGGAAAAACAAGUUCAACAACGACAACGUGUUUCAGGAGGAUUUCCACGUCAGCACCAGCAGAACCUGCCCAGUCAGCAUGAUGUACCAGGAGAACCGAUUCAGGUACAAGUAUUUCCCGGAGGAUCAGGUCCAGGUGCUGGAGAUGCCGUACCGCGGAGACGACAUCACCAUGGUCAUCAUUCUGCCCAGCAAAGGAGUGGCCCUCAGUCAGGUGGAGGCCAUUUUGGACCUGGACAAACUCAACCACUGGUUCAGGAACAUGCAGGAGACCAGUGUGACGGUGCAGGUCCCUCGAUUCAGACUGGACGACAGUUUCGCCCUGAAGAAGGAGCUGCAGGCCAUGGGUCUGACCCACCUCUUCAGUCCAGACCAGGCCAGUCUGCCAGGGAUGCUGGAGGACGGCAGCGACGGUCUCUUCAUCUCAGACGCCUACCACAAGGCUUUUCUGGAGGUGAAUGAGGAAGGCAGCGAGGCGGCGGCCUCCACGGCCGUGGUCGCCAUCGGACGCUCCCUGAACCUGGACCGUCAGGUCUUCCUGGCCAACCGUCCGUUCCUGCUGGUCAUCAGGGAGUCCACCAUCAACACGCUGCUGUUCACCGGCCGAGUGGCCGACCCCUGUGGCCAAUGACCGGCCGGCGUGGACCCCGCAGCCCACAACGGACUCAACCUCGACCAACGAGAAGUCGUCUCCACCCGUUCUCUGUCACCUGGUAACUGUAGACCAGCGUCUAGCGGAGAACAAAGAACACGGUCCCUGGUACCGGUUUGUGUAACCACAUAAGUUCUGAUCUGACUCAUGUAAAUAUGGUUCUGUCUUACAAAUACAAUUUUCUCCCACCAUAA